AUGUCCAAGGCCAACAUUGGAGGGUAAUUUAGUUACAGUUUUGGUUUACUAAGAAUUCUCUGAUGAUACUUGUUGAGGCAUAUAGCCCUUGAUUAUUCAUGAAUUUCAGCAUUUGUAGUUGUCAUUUUGAAUUCACAGUAACUUCUAGUUAUAAAAGGCAUUCAAAACAUUAAGGUUAUCUCAAUACGGUUAACCUCUAUUCAAAAAAAUUAAAUUCCCUGGUAUAGUGAGUGAAUCCCUUCAUCCCAGCAUUUAUAGCUUAACAAGUAUGUUUUCUAUGAAAGACUCACUUUUUAUAUAGACCUCAUUUUAGCAAUAAUAUUUUGUAAAUUAAGCCUUGCCUUUUGUAAUAAGGGGAAGUUCCACUGCAUGGAAAAGGAAGCAAAAAGCUUUUUUUGGAAAAACAUGGUGUUUAAUGCCCCUGUCUAUAAAAUGUUGGCAAUUAUCCUUGUCUUGUUUUCCUAGAGAGCACAUAUUAUUUUCCUAUAAUAAUGUACCACAGUCUUCCUUUACUGUAGGUGUGUCAAUGUUGUAGGGGCACUGUCAUAAAAGACUGAAAACCUGUCGAGUAAAAUACUUGAGUUUGAAAUCUAUAAAACUGUUAAGUACCACUUCAGGGAGAUAUCCCCACAACUAACAGAAUAAUUAAUCUUCUUUUUCUAGUUUCAAAGGCAUCCGUGAUGACUUAGAGUUCCUUCUUAAAGAGGAUUUAUCGUCUAUUAAUCUCUGCGCCCUUCACUGUGAACUUAGAAAUACCGAAGAGUUGUUGUCAUCAUUGGGUUUGUUUUUGUACAAAGUGGGUUCACUUGAUGAAUGUAAUGCCGAAUUGGCAAAUUAUGGCCCUGAGAAUUUUAGCAGCAGAAUAACAGUGAAGAUGAAGGAGGGCCAAGAAACUGCUGUUGAAAAGCACAGCAUCCAGGUGUCUUCAUUUUCAGGUACCUUCUAUAAUUUAUUGUUUCAUUUUUAUCAUGAUUGCUUUCAUUCCCUUUAUCCGCUUCAGGGCUUUUACUUUUGUGCUGUAGCAGCUGCUUGAGUUUCAUUUGUACAAUACCUUGAUCCUUAAUAUGAAAACUGUAACACUGGUUUGUAAUGAAGAUUUCAUUAAGUUGUGAAUUUAAAUCCUGUUUGUUUCUUUCUGUACUAUUUUUCCGGAAGGUUCUACUGAACGUGAGUUCCUCGCAAACAUUGAAACGAUUGUCAGGAACUCCUUGCUUCAUGACAAAUUUAAGUCAUUUUUUGCUGAUCCAGAAAGUGCUAAAGACGCACUCCUGAAUAAGGUCACAAUAUUUUGUAAUGAUAGAAUCAAGGUAUGGCUCAGGAUAUCACAUGAUUUGAAUGUUUCACUUAAACCAGUGCAACACACAAUAAUAUUUUUUGUGCAGUAUGUAGAAACAUACACUGAAAAAAAUGGUUUCUGUUUAAAAUAUUCAAUGAAUUUUUAAAAAUUUGUUUUAGUACUAUCAGGACAUGGCUAUUUCAGACACAUUUACAAGAGACUUUGGUUCAAUUAAAUCAAAGGAGGAGACUAUUACCCUCACAGAUUCAGGUACAUGUUACAGUCAUUAUACUGUUAUUUAAAACCUUUCCUUCCCUUUGACUGUGAUAAACUAGACAGUUUGAAUUAAUGACUGCAUUUAUAUCCAUCUACACUGGAAGUUGUGAUAGGCUAGCUAGCACUGUUAGUAUUAAUACAACCCCAAGACGUGACCAUUGUGUAUCAAGGGUACAUCAUUAUUGCAUCAGAUUACUGCGUCCCAACUGAGUGAAUGUUCCUUAGCAUGUACAGCACACCCAGUGGUUUGUGUUCUUGCAUAAUAGUCCUCCCUUAAAAAGAAUACCCCCUUACACUUUGUGAUGUGACUACCUAACCUGUUUUCCUUAGAAGCUGUAAAAGAAGUUCAGAGAAGACUGGAAUUCUGGCAGGGCAGACUACGUAAAUCGAGGAAAGAUUUGUGGAGCUGUCAGAAAAGUGUGUUGGUGGGUCAGUUGCUAAAGGGAAAUGAGGAAAAAAAGGCAGAAGGUGGACAAUGCUGAUCUUUCUCAGCUAUCUGAUUAUGCAGCAGAAGUGUUUUACCAAUUUUGUUAAAGGUAAUUAAAUAAUCAAGUCUUUUUUUACUUAAUUGGAAGACAUGUUGGACAGUUUUAUGAGAAAUAAGAUAUCGGGCAAAAUCCAGACACGUUAAGUUAAAACUAGUCAAGCUGAUUUUGCUUUUUUGAACAAAAUUCUAAUAACUUUAACAAGUGGUAGUUACAAAACACAGGUCACAAGGGAAGGUCACUGCAUACUCUUAUAAAGAAAAACUGAGAUAGGCAUGCAGUUUCCCCUUAACUUAAUACACCUCAUUUCAGAUUGUAAUUUGGGCUUUUCAUAUAAUUAUUCACUUUGAUUUCAGGUUGACACUGACUGGAAAGACAUUUCUGAAGUUAUUAGAAGUAGUGUCUUCGAGGAAGAUUAGCAAGAUUUAAUUGACAUUUUUGACAUACAGGUAUGUGUCAGGUAAUUCACUUUUAGUAAGAGUGUAAAUACGUACCCUUUGAAAAUGAAGUCCUCUUAAUGGAAAAUAUGCAUAAUGUCUAAAACUAUUACAACAAUAAAUUUAGACAAGAAGGUUAAUACAGCUGUAGUGGAGUUUCUUGUAAAUCUUUCAGCAGAGACUGACCAGCAAUUAAAAGCCAUUGCAUGACGAGAAAUUCAAAAAUAGUUUCCAAUCACUUUAAGUAAUAUAUCAAACAUGAGAUGCAGUGUUUCAUCACCAGAUGAAACACCGAGAAGAGAGUUGAAAAUACGACGCGCAGCGCAGUAUUUUUGACGAACUUCGAGGUGUUUCAUCUGGUGAUGAAACACUGUGUCGAAUGUUUGAUAUUUCUUCUCAAACAAAAUCAUUUUUGAAGAGAAAUUAAGGAUGCAAAUACUAAGCAGUGUUUCAUCCGAUUUCCAAACACUCAUUAAACAUUAAUUUCCUUUGUAUUUUCUUAAUGAAUUAUUAAUGAGUUUGAGAACUGACAUUCAAAAACUCAUUAAUAGUCCAUAAAGAAAAAACAAAAGAAAGAAAUGCUUAAUGAGUGUCUAUCUGAUAAAGCAGAGUGCAAAGAAAGUAGUGUCCGAUAGCCCGGGGCUAGUGGAUUUUGCUAUCGGGCUAGUGAAUUCUGUUUUUAACUUGCCCGACGGGCAAGUGAUGUUUUAUGAGGAAUUUGAAUAACAGAAGAACAAAACGUUUUUCGGGCUAGUUGAAAUGACGUCUGGGCUAGUAAAUGCUAGCUUCAGCUUGCCCGAAUGGCAAGCUGUAAAAAUGAUUUUCUUUGCACCCUGUAAAGGCACGGCUAAACUUUACGUCCAAUUUUUUAGAUUUAAAAAAGACCAGAUCUAAAUAUUAAUACAAGAUCUAUAUCAGAGAUUUUAAAGCCCUUCAAAAAAUUUGCAGUCAUUUAUAAUCAGAACCUGGAUAUACACUCAUGCUGGUUUUUUAAACAAUACUUAAAGUUUGAUUAUAGAAUGAGGCACAUACAUUAUUAUUUUAAAAGAAAAAUGUUUUUCCCUUCUAAAAUGUUUAAGAUAUUCACAAAGUACAGGUCACAUUCCCCAGGUAAUAAGUACAUGUCACUGCUCCAUGGAUGAAUUGCCAAACCACACAGAUUCCCCUCUAUCUAAUAGAGCAUUUUGUUAAGAGUUUAGGGCUUGCAAAUACUUUUAAUGCUAAAAUUGUGAAAGGUUUCAACCCAGGAGUAUAAUACCAUCAACUGACGUGAUACAAUUCACUUUGACUCUGAAGAUGACUACCGCACAGGUUGUCGAAAUGUCAGUCACUGUCAACAACAACAGUCCUAUUCAGGACUAUGUUCACCCGGAUGAUCAAACUCAACCUACUUUUAAAUUCAUUUGUCUGUAUCAUGGUGAACUAGCUGUACUCUGACAGUGUGGAAAAGUUACCUGUAUUUUAGACCCACCGUCAGUUACUGCACAGUCUUCAAUGUUGAUUUUAACAACUGUUUAACAUCUAUGGAAAUAUGCCUCUUUUUUUCUUUUAGUGCAAAGAAUGGGGAUUCCUUUUAAGGGAA